AUGUGUCACUCGGGUUAUAUCAACACUGAACAAUGGAACAGUCAGCCGUCUCAGUUGCUGCCUCGACUUCGUGUGUUGACUAUUGGAGGACCGCUGUACCUCUACAGCUGUUGCUGGAUGCGUAGACAUGGUGGUAACCGUACUGAUAACUGGACCGGUCUCGCUCUGCUGAACUGCGAUGAGGGCUGCUAUUUCUUUGCUGGAAAAGCGCCGUCUCGAAGACUGGUCUAA